AGUCCUGGCCCUGAGAGGAAAAGCCCUGAAGGAAACAAUAACAAACGACAGGAGGAAGCGAUUCUGGGGUUUCUGCGUCCAGCACUUCUUGUUCAAAAAGAUGCGCUUCGGCCCCUGUCAGGGGACGUGAAAAGGCGCGGUGGGCCUCAGCCAGCCUUUCUCCACCUGUCCCCCUACGGGGGUCCCUUGGCUAUUGCCAUGGCGGGUGUGGGGCCGGGGGGCUACGCGGCGGAGUUCGUGCCACCCCCGGAGUGUCCGGUCUUUGAGCCCAGCUGGGAGGAGUUCACAGACCCGCUCAGCUUCAUCGGUCGCAUCCGGCCUCUGGCCGAGAAAACUGGCAUCUGCAAAAUACGACCGCCCAAGGAUUGGCAACCUCCAUUUGCGUGUGAAGUAAAAAGCUUUCGGUUCACUCCACGAGUCCAGCGCCUGAAUGAACUUGAGGCAAUGACCAGAGUGAGACUGGACUUCUUGGAUCAACUGGCAAAAUUUUGGGAACUUCAAGGGUCUACUUUGAAAAUUCCUGUGGUGGAGAGAAAAAUCCUGGAUCUAUAUGCUUUGAGCAAGAUUGUUGCCAGCAAAGGAGGUUUUGAAAUGGUCACCAAAGAGAAGAAAUGGUCUAAAGUGGGUAGCCGCUUGGGAUAUCUGCCAGGAAAAGGAACUGGGUCUCUUUUGAAGUCACACUAUGAAAGGAUUUUAUACCCUUACGAGCUUUUCCAAUCUGGUGUCAGCCUUAUGGGUGUACAGAUGCCUAAUUUAGAUCUUAAGGAAAAAGUGACGUCUGAGGUUCUCAGCAAUGAUAUCCAAACUUCCCCAGAGCCAGGCACAAGAAUGAACAUUCUGCCAAAGAGAACAAGACGUGUCAAGUCUCAGUCAGAAUCUGGAGAAGUGACAAGAAACACAGAACUGAAGAAGCUUCAGAUUUUUGGAGCUGGACCCAAGGUUGUGGGGCUGGCAAUGGGAGCAAAAGAUAAAGAAGAUGAGGUCACCCGAAGAAGAAAAGUUACCAACAGGUCAGACGCAUUUAACAUGCAAAUGAGACAACGGAAAGGAACUCUCUCUGUUAACUUUGUUGAUCUCUAUGUUUGUAUGUUUUGUGGUCGGGGAAAUAAUGAAGAUAAAUUGCUUUUGUGUGAUGGAUGUGAUGACAGCUACCAUACAUUUUGUCUAAUUCCACCACUACCUGAUGUACCCAAAGGAGACUGGAGGUGUCCUAAGUGUGUUGCUGAGGAAUGUAACAAACCCCGAGAAGCCUUUGGAUUUGAACAAGCUGUACGAGAAUAUACACUUCAGAGCUUUGGAGAGAUGGCAGAUAAUUUUAAGUCUGAUUAUUUCAAUAUGCCAGUCCAUAUGGUUCCCACAGAACUAGUAGAAAAGGAAUUCUGGCGACUGGUGAGCAGCAUUGAAGAAGAUGUUAUUGUAGAGUAUGGAGCUGAUAUCUCCUCAAAAGACUUUGGAAGUGGAUUUCCUGUGAAGGAUGGUCGGAGAAAGAUGUUGCCAGAAGAAGAGGAAUAUGCACUUUGUGGUUGGAAUUUGAAUAACAUGCCUGUCCUGGAGCAAUCUGUUCUUGCACAUAUUAAUGUGGACAUUUCUGGUAUGAAGGUGCCAUGGCUCUAUGUGGGAAUGUGCUUCUCUUCUUUUUGCUGGCACAUUGAAGAUCAUUGGAGUUAUUCCAUUAACUACUUGCACUGGGGGGAGCCGAAGACAUGGUAUGGUGUGCCAUCUCAUGCUGCUGAACAACUGGAGGAGGUGAUGAGAGAGUUGGCACCUGAGUUAUUUGAAUCUCAGCCUGAUCUCCUACAUCAAUUAGUCACCAUCAUGAACCCCAAUGUGCUAAUGGAGCAUGGUGUGCCUGUGUACAGGACCAAUCAGUGUGCUGGCGAGUUUGUUGUGACAUUUCCUCGUGCCUAUCACUCUGGAUUUAACCAGGGCUACAACUUUGCUGAAGCUGUGAACUUCUGUACUGCUGACUGGUUGCCUAUUGGACGACAGUGUGUAAAUCAUUACCGCCGACUGAGGCGUCAUUGUGUCUUUUCACAUGAGGAACUCAUUUUCAAGAUGGCAGCAGAUCCAGAAUGUUUAGAUGUGGGGCUGGCUGCUAUGGUCUGCAAAGAAUUGACUCUUAUGACUGAAGAAGAAACACGUUUAAGGGAGUCUGUUGUACAAAUGGGUGUCUUGAUGUCAGAAGAAGAAGUGUUUGAACUUGUUCCUGAUGAUGAGCGACAGUGUUCAGCAUGCAGAACAACAUGUUUUCUCUCUGCUCUCACAUGCUCCUGCAAUCCUGAGCGGCUCGUAUGUCUCUACCAUCCAAAUGAUUUGUGUCCCUGCCCCAUGCAGAAGAAAUGUCUUAGAUAUCGCUACCCACUAGAAGAUCUCCCUUCUCUUCUUUAUGGUGUAAAAGUCAGGGCACAGUCUUACGACACUUGGGUCAGUCGAGUUACAGAAGCAUUAUCUGCUAACUUCAGCCACAAAAAAGAUCUGAUUGAAUUGCGAGUAAUGCUGGAGGAUGCCGAGGAUAGAAAAUACCCAGAGAAUGAGCUCUUUCGAAAACUCAGGGAUGCUGUAAAAGAAGCUGAGACUUGCGCUUCUGUGGCUCAGCUACUUCUGAGCAAAAAACAGAAACACAGGCAGAGCCCAGAUGUUGGAAGGACUCGGACCAAACUGACAGUAGAAGAAUUGAAGGCUUUUGUCCAACAACUAUUUAGUCUUCCAUGUGUCAUCAGCCAAGCUCGACAAGUAAAGAAUUUGCUGGAUGAUGUAGAAGAAUUUCAUGAACGUGCUCAGGAGGCCAUGAUGGAUGAAACCCCAGACUCUUCCAAACUUCAGAUGUUGAUAGACAUGGGUUCUAGUCUCUAUGUGGAGCUACCUGAAUUACCUCGACUAAAGCAAGAGCUACAGCAGGCUCGGUGGUUGGAUGACGUUAGAUUGACCUUGUCAGAUCCACAACAAGUCACUUUGGAUGUCAUGAAGAAACUGAUUGACUCUGGAGUAGGGUUAGCACCCCACCAUGCUGUGGAGAAAGCAAUGGCUGAACUACAGGAGCUUCUCACUGUCUCUGAACGAUGGGAAGAAAAGGCUAAGGUCUGCCUACAGGCAAGACCUAGGCAUAGUGUGACCAGUUUAGAAAGCAUUGUGAAUGAAGCUAAGAACAUUCCAGCUUUUCUACCCAAUGUGUUGUCCCUAAAAGAAGCCUUACAAAAGGCUCGAGAAUGGACAGCUAAAGUAGAAGCUAUUCAGAGUGGUAGCAACUAUGCUUACUUGGAGCAGCUUGAGAGUUUAUCUGCUAAAGGGCGCCCUAUCCCUGUGCGCCUUGAUGCACUGCCCCAAGUGGAGUCACAGGUAGCAGCAGCACGGGCAUGGAGAGAACGAACUGGACGGACCUUUCUUAAGAAGAAUUCCAGCCAUACGUUGUUACAGGUGCUAAGUCCCCGGACUGACAUUGGUAUAUAUGGGAGUGGUAAAAACAGAAGGAAAAAAGUAAAAGAACUAAUAGAAAGAAAAGAAAAGGACCUGGAUCUUGAGCCUUUGAGUGAUCUGGAGGAAGGACUGGAAGAAACCAGGGAUACAGCUAUGGUGGUGGCAGUUUUCAAAGAACGAGAGCAAAAAGAGAUCGAAGCAAUGCAUUCCCUCAGAGCAGCCAACCUAGCCAAGAUGACAAUGGUGGACCGCAUAGAAGAAGUAAAAUUUUGCAUUUGCCGCAAGACGGCCAGUGGGUUUAUGCUACAGUGUGAGCUCUGCAAAGACUGGUUCCAUAACAGCUGUGUUCCCCUUCCUAAAUCAGGUUCCCAGAAAAAAGGGUCCAGCUGGCAGGCUAAAGAAGUAAAAUUCCUUUGCCCUCUUUGUAUGCGGUCUCGAAGGCCCAGGCUAGAGACUAUUCUGUCACUACUUGUAUCCCUUCAGAAGUUGCCUGUGCGGUUGCCUGAAGGAGAGGCCCUACAGUGUUUGACAGAACGUGCCAUGAGUUGGCAAGAUAGGGCACGACAAGCCCUAGCCACAGAUGAACUGUCCUCUGCCCUAGCCAAACUCUCUGUGUUAAGCCAGCGUAUGGUGGAACAGGCAGCUCGGGAAAAAACUGAAAAGAUCAUCAGUGCAGAACUCCAAAAAGCAGCCGCCAAUCCAGACUUACAGGCAAGUUUACCCAGUUUCCAGCAGUCUGCUUUUAACCGGGUAGUAAGCAGUGUAUCAUCUUCCCCUCGACAAACAAUGGACUAUGAUGAUGAAGAAACAGAUUCUGAUGAAGACAUUCGGGAGACAUAUGGCUAUGACAUCAAGGACACAGCCAGUGUGAAGUCCUCUAGUAGUCUGGAACCCAAUCUUUUUUGUGAUGAAGAAAUUCCCAUCAAGUCUGAGGAAGUGGUAACUCAUAUGUGGACUGCACCUUCAUUCUGUGCAGAACAUGCUUAUUCUUCUGCUUCUAAGAGUUGUUCUCAAGGUUCUAGCACUCCAAGAAAACAACCUCGGAAGAGCCCUUUGGUUCCUCGAAGUUUGGAACCUCCGGUAUUGGAGUUGUCACCGGGAGCUAAAGCCCAACUGGAAGAGCUCAUGAUGGUUGGAGACCUCCUUGAAGUGUCUCUAGAUGAGACACAACACAUAUGGAGGAUUUUGCAGGCCACACACCCACCCUCAGAAGACAGAUUCCUACAUAUUAUGGAGGAUGACAGCAUGGAAGAGAAACCAUUAAAAAUGAAAGGCAAGGACUCUUCAGAGAAGAAACGGAAACGGAAACUAGAAAAGGUAGAACAAUUUUUCGGAGAAGGAAAACAGAAAUCCAAGGAGCUAAAGAAAAUGGACAAACCUAAAAAGAAGAAAUUAAAAUUAAAUGCAGACAAAUCAAAGGAGCUGAACAAACUGGCCAAGAAACUAGCAAAAGAAGAAGAGAGAAAGAAAAAGAAAGAAAAGGCUGCUGCAGCCAAAGUUGAACUUGUAAAAGAGAGUACUGAAAAGAAAAGAGAGAAAAAAGUGCUGGACAUCCCUUCAAAAUAUGACUGGUCAGGAGCAGAGGAAUCUGAUGAUGAGAAUGCUGUAUGUGCAGCACAAAACUGCCAAAGACCCUGUAAGGACAAGGUAGACUGGGUACAAUGUGAAGGUGGCUGUGAUGAGUGGUUUCAUCAAGUUUGUGUGGGUGUAUCUCCAGAAAUGGCUGAAAAUGAAGAUUACAUCUGUAUAAACUGUGCAAAGAAGCAGGGGCCAGAUAGCCCAGGUCAAUUACCACCUCCUUCCUUCAUAAUGAGCUACAAACUACCAGUGGAGGAUCUUAAAGAGACCAGUUAGCAAAUGCUUGGUUAGUUUGGGACAUGGGGGGAAAAUGGACCACAUUGAGACCUUAGUCAUCAAGUAGAGUGGUUUAGAUCCACUCGUAAUGUUGCUUCCAAAGAUAGCCUUCAGAGACAGUCCUUUGAGUUCUGGCUUCCUCUUUGCAUGGAUUGUGUGGGCUACAUUCUCUGUCUACACAUCUGUGCAGAGAAUGUCUUCUUGGCACAGUAGCCAGUAUUUCAACUCACAUCUCCUUUGAGUGUGGUUUACUGCACUAAAGUCAGACACUUGAUGGAGCUCUUAGGUGGCUGGGUGGCAUUACUACAUUGGUGUGCUAGUAAGACAUGUAGGAUGUGGCUUAUAGCCAGUUGGUAUUAGAGGCUUACAAGCUUGGGGCAGCACCAUGAGGAGGUGCUGAUUGCUUGAAUCUUCUUAGUUGGGGUAAUUAGAGAGGAGUCAGAGAACCACUUUCCUUCAACAGUCACCCGGCAUUUAAUGCUCUACCAAUAUAACUAGGAAGUACAGGCUAGAGUUAUUUCUGUUAGAAGUCAUGGAAUUGUAGCCCAGUCUGUAGGCCUCAGCUACUUGUGCUUGUUUGUACCAAGAAGAAAACCCAAAAAGAGAACCUGUACCAUCUGGGGCAGAUCACCUUACCUUCCUAAGGAGGAAGAUGUCAUCUAGUUCAGAAAUAUGGCUAGAUUGGAUUCUGGGUCUACAUUUUAGAGAAGAGCAGGUACAUGGAUCCAGGCUUGUGCACACACAGACAAAAAAGAAGAUGAUGAUUGAUGAUGAUGACGACGACCAGUCAGAAUGUCUUAACUGAGCCACAGUGAUGCAUGCUUUUCGGGAAAACCUUCAUUCACAAGUAUUCCAGACACCACCAGGCUUCAGGCAUGGCCAUGAGCAAGACCAGCAAAUAACAGCUUUUUGCCUUGCAGCUCUGACCCCAGUGUUGUCUGCUGUUUCAACAUGGCAACUCGGAAUAUGGCCCACAGCAGGAUGCUGUUGAAUAACACCAUGGCUUCAUCAGAGGAUGUGGGGUUGUAGUACUUCUGGGUGAUGAAGUUGUUUUAGUAAAUCCAUUUUAAAAAAGAAAAAAGGACUUGUUUUUACUUUUUCUAAAUGUCUCUGACUACUUACUGUUCUAUAAAUAGAUUAUUUUUCCUUUUUAAUAUACAUAUGAAUAUAUUAAAUAUAUAUAUUUACUGUUACCAGCAGUAUAUGACAGUUGCAAGGCAUCAAAAACUUGCUUUUUCUUUGUUGCUUUUUGAUAAAUCCAGUUCCUUCCUUGUAGUACAAGGAGUUAUCACUCCCUUCUCUAUCCCAGCUUGACCAGUUCUUCCAUUUUGCUUUUGUUCCAUUGAGAUGUAUUUCCUUUUGUGUGUUGGGAUUUGUUCCUGUCUUUGGAAAUUUGGUCCUUACUCUUGUCUGUGCUGGCUGUUUUUUCUUUUAUAUGUAAAUGUUUGAAACUAUGGUGCUGUAUCCUCUUCCCUCCUGUUGCAUUGUGUGUUCUUGUUAAAGGGUUAGAUGAGCAGUAUGUAAGCUCUUACUCGAAGGGGACUAAAAUUUUUAAAAGGACAAAAUAAUUACAAAAAAUAACAUUUUGUCAUCACUAUCUUGUGUCCUUUAUUUUGAUUUACAAAUCUGUGGUUUGACUUAAAUUCAUCAGUUGUCCUUUUAAAAGUUAGUGUGGGGUGGGCUUAGAAACAGCUUAUAGUCUCCUUUUCCCUUUUUGCCCCAGUCUCUUUAAAGAAAUGUCUUCUAGUAACUAGAAGUGAAAUGUACUGUCCAGUUACAGUUUGAGUGGUAUGAGAUUUAACUCAAAAGUCAUCUUACUUAAAAACAGCAAAAGCUUUCUUAUAAAAUCCAGUUUCUAUAAAUGCUUUCUCUAUGAUUCAUACUACCUACUUUUUGGUCACUCUUUCCAUAGUACUUGAUAAUAUUUGAGUGUUUCAACCUGUUAGAUUUGUAAAUGUUGCUGUAUGUGUGUCUUAAGAUUUCAAAUGUGUGUAUGAUUUCAGAUUUCAGUGGACAUUGCAAGGUAACUAACCAAUUUCAUGUUUUCAUUUUGCCAAACUAAAGACCAUCAAUUAAGAAGUUCAUCUGGUUAAUGUUAUAAAAGAAAGCACAAUAUUUUUUGCCUUUUGGUCUUUGUAAAAGUCUUCCAAUACUUGUGGUUAAAAAAUUGAAUGUAAUUCAAUUUUUCAGAAAUUCAUAAUGUAAGCAGUGGAUGCCUGGAAUACAUUUUAAGAUUUGAUUUUUCCUUCCCAGUCAUCCGUUAAUUAUGCCAUCAACAGUGGAGAAUCAUGAGGAUGCUGAGAAGAGUGGCUGUUCAGGUGCUUGGUUUCUUGAAGUGUGUAGUGGAUAAAGGUGGCAGUUUGGGGAAUAAUUUGUGUGUUUGACAGUGGUAUUUGCUUGGAGACCUGGGGAAAAUACAAAGCACUCUUCAUCCAUGAAUAGCUUGCCUGUCCUGACAUUCUGAAGCUAAAUAUACUAUUUAAUUGAUAACUGGGAUUUUCUGAAUUUAUUUGAAAGAUUUGAUUGAUAACGGUGGGGAUUUUAUUAAUUUAUUUGAAAGAUUUGGUCUGUCUUGACCACAGAUUUACACUGAGAAGAACAGAAGAGAGAAAUUAGUGCCUCUUCCCUCCCCAAAAUGUACAAAUCUGCAGUUUUGGAAUUAAUGAACUAAGAUUAUUUAAAGAAAUGUUUGUAUUCUAAUAUAAAGCCUUAAUGCCACUUAGAGAAAUUACUUAUUUACAACUUACUCCAUACUUCUGUGUUAACAUUUUGUAUUAAAACUUAUUUAGAAUGUUUCUGUACCCUUCGUAUCUAAUUUGCAUUCUUUACCAUACUUUAACCUUGUGUUUAAUUUCUUUCUAAAUUUUUCUCACUGCCUUCAUUUCAAAUAUUUCCACAAAGGUAGUAGGAAAGAAACAUGGGGGGAAAAUGGUAGGUCUUUGAUAAUUCUUAAAAGGGUAAAGUCGUUAGAACUGCGCAAAUCCCCAUUAGUGUUAGCUUUCUAGUUGGGGAAAAAAGAGGGGCAUUUUUUCUUCACAGAUGUUUAUUUCACUUUCUGAUAGUUUUACUGCAAAAAGCCAUGUUGAAAUAUAGAUGCUGGGCUUCCUCACUAAGCUGUUGCAAACCACUUUGCCUGCAUGGUUCAAACUUCUGCCUCAGUAAAAUUAGAAAUUGCUGCAUGUUAUACUUUGAAAAAGGCAAACAUUAAAUCUGAUUGUCCACAAUCUAAUAUCCAAAAACAUGGGCCAAAUGUUGACAAAAACUAUAA